AUGGAAUGCUGCCGUCGGGCAACUCCUGGCACACCGCUCCUCUUUCUGGCUUUCCUGCUCCUGAGCUCCAGAACAACACGUUCCGAGGAGGACAGAGACAGCCUGUGGGACGCCUGGGGCUCAUGGAGCGAGUGUUCACGCACCUGUGGUGGGGGCGCCUCCUACUCAUUAAGACGCUGUCUCAGCAGCAAGAGCUGUGAGGGAAGAAAUAUUCGAUACAGAACUUGCAGUAACGUGGACUGCCCACCAGAAGCAGGUGAUUUCCGAGCUCAGCAAUGCUCAGCUCAUAAUGAUGUCAAGCACCAUGGCGAGUUUUAUGAGUGGCUUCCUGUGUCUAACGACCCUGACAACCCAUGUUCACUCAAGUGCCAGGCCAAAGGCACAGACCUGGUUGUUGAACUCGCUCCUAAGGUCUUAGAUGGGACUCGUUGCUACACAGACACUCUGGAUAUGUGCAUCAAUGGUUUAUGCCAAAUUGUUGGCUGUGAUCAUCAGCUGGGAAGCAUUGCCAAGGAAGAUAACUGUGGAAUUUGCAACGGAGAUGGGUCCACCUGCAGGCUGGUCCGAGGGCACUACAAAUCCCAGCUCUCAGCAACCAAAUUGGAUGACACUGUGGUUGCUAUCCCCUAUGGAAGCAGACAUAUUCACCUUACCUUAAAAGGACCCGAUCACUUGUAUCUGGAAACCAAGACCCUCCAAGGGGCUAAAGGUGAAAACAGCCUCAGCUCUCCAGGCAUCUUUCUUGUGGACAAUUCUAGUGUGGAAUUCCAGAAAUAUCCAGGCAAAGAGAACCUGAGUAUUGCUGGACCGCUCACCGCAGAUUUCAUUGUCAAGAUCCACAACUCGGGGCCUGCUAACAGCACAGUCCAGUUCACCUUCUACCAGCCCAUCAUCCACCGAUGGAGGGAGACGGAUUUCUUUCCUUGCUCAGCAACCUGCGGAGGAGGCUACCAGCUGACAUCGGCUGAGUGUUACGAUCUUCGGAGCAACCGCGUGGUUGCCGAUCAGUACUGUCACUAUUACCCAGAGAACAUCAAGCCCAAGCCCAAACUUCAGGAGUGCAACUUGGAUCCUUGUCCAGCCAGUGGCGGAUACAAGCAGAUCAUGCCUUAUGACCUCUACCAUCCCCUUCCUCGGUGGGAGGCCACCCCGUGGACCGCGUGCUCCUCCUCGUGUGGGGGGGGCAUCCAGAGCCGGGCAGUUUCCUGUGUGGAGGAGGACAUCCAGGGGCAUGUCACCUCAGUGGAAGAGUGGAAAUGCUUGUACACCCCUAAGAUGCCCAUCGUGCAGCCCUGCAACAUUUUUGACUGCCCUAAAUGGCUGGCACAGGAGUGGUCUCCGUGCACGGUGACAUGUGGCCAGGGCCUCCGGUACCGCGUGGUUCUCUGCAUCAACCCUCGAGGAAUGCACACGGGAGGCUGCAGCUCCAAAACCAAGCCUCACAUCAAAGAGGAAUGCAUCAUACCCACCCCCUGCUAUAAACCCAAAGAGAAAGUUCCGGUAGAAGCCAGGGCGCCGUGGUACAAACAAGCUCAAGAGCUGGAAGAAGGAGCUGCUGUGUCAGAAGAGCCCUCGUUCAUCCCAGAGGCCUGGUCGGCCUGCACGGUGACCUGCGGUGUGGGGACCCAGGUGCGAAUAGUCAAGUGCCAGGUGCUCCUGUCUUUCUCCCAGUCUGUGGCCGACCUGCCUGUGGACGAAUGUGAAGGCCCCAAGCCGGCCUCCCAGCGAGCCUGCUAUGCGGGACCCUGCAACGGGGAGCUGCCUGAGCCCCACCCGGGGGAGACCGGUGGCCUACAGGACUUCGAUGAGCUGUAUGACUGGGAGUAUGAGGGCUUCACCAAGUGCUCGGAGUCCUGCGGAGGAGGUGUCCAGGAGGCUGUGGUGAGCUGCCUGAACAAACAGACGCGGGAGCCUGCCGAGGAGAACCUGUGCGUGACCAGCCGCCGGCCCCCGAAGCUCCUGAAAGCCUGCAGCUUGGAGCCCUGCCCGUCAAGGUGGGAAAUUGGCAAGUGGAGUCCCUGCAGCCUCACCUGUGGGGUUGGCCUGCAGACCAGAGAUGUCUUCUGCUCCCAGAUACGCUCCCGGGAGAUGAAUGAAACAGUGAUCCUGGCCGAUGACCUGUGUCGCCAGCACAAGCCCAGCACCGUGCAAGCUUGUAACCGCUUCAACUGUCCCCCAGCCUGGUACCCCGCGCAAUGGCAGCCGUGCUCCAGGACCUGUGGAGGGGGCAUCCAAAGGCGUGAGGUGCUUUGCAAGCAGCGCAUGGCCGAUGGCAGCUUCCUGGAGCUUCCCGAGACCUUCUGUUCAGCCUCAAAACUGGCCUCCCAGCAAGCCUGCAAGAAAGAAGACUGUCCCAGCGAGUGGCUCCUCUCUGACUGGUCAGAGUGCUCCACGAGCUGCGGCGAGGGCACCCAGACGCGGAGUGCCAUCUGCAGGAAGGUGCUGAAAACCGGGGUCUCGGCUAUUGUCAACUCCUCCCUGUGCCCUCCCCUGCCAUUCUCCUCAUCCAUCAGGCCCUGUAUGCUGGCAACCUGUGCAAGGCCCGGGCGGCUGUCCACCAAGCACAGCCCGCACAUCGAGGCGGCCCGGAAGGUGUACAUCCAGACGCGCAGGCAGAGGAAGCUGCACUUCGUGGUGGGCGGGUUCGCCUACCUGCUCCCCAAGACCACGGUGGUGCUGCGCUGCCCCGCCAGGCGCUUCCGCAAGCCGCUCAUCACCUGGGAGAAGGACGGCCAGCACCUGGUCAGCUCGGCCCACGUCACCGUGGCCCCGUUCGGCUACCUGAAGAUCCACCGCCUCAAGCCCUCGGAUGCGGGCGUCUACACCUGCUCCGCCGGCCCGGCCCGCGAGCAGUUCGCGAUCAAGCUCAUCGGGGGCAACCAGAAGCUCGUGGCCCGGCCGCCGGGGAGCCCGCGGGGAGAGGAGGAGGCGCCCCGCGUGAGGAAGGCGCACCCCAAAGAGCCCCUGCAGCCCCACAAGCACCAGAACGGCAUCUUCUCCAACAACGGCAGCAAGGCCGAGAAGCGGGGCCUGGCCGCGGACGCGGGCAGCCGCUACGACGAGCUGGUGUCGCGGCUGCUGGAGCAGGGCGGCUGGCCCGGCGAGCUGCUGGCCGCCUGGGAGGCGCAGGACUCGGCCGAGAGGAACGCAUCGUCGUCCUCCGAGGAGGAGAAUCAGAACGCCGAGCAGGCGCUCCUGCACCUGCCCUUCAACAUCGUGGCAGAGCAGCAGCGCCUGGACGACAUCCUGCGCAACCUGUCCCAGCAGCCAGAGGAGCUGCGCGAUGUCUACGCCAAGCACCUGGUGGCCCAGCUGGCCCAGGACGUCUUCCGCCGCCACGAGGAGCCCCGGGACGCCCUCCUCCAGCCGUCUGAGCAGCGGAUCCCCCCCGUGGCCAUCCCGCCGCGCAAGCCCGUGUCCAGCUUCACCAGCUUGCUCCGCGCCGCAGCCUCCUCUUCCGGGGGGGAGACAGCUGGGGGCUCCCGCCGGCCGCACCGCAAGCCCACCAUCCUGCGGAAGAUCUCGGCGGCCCAGCAGCUCUCCGCCUCCGAGGUGGUCACCCACCUGGGCCAGACGGUAGCCCUGGCCAGCGGGACGCUGAGCGUGCUUCUGCACUGCGAGGCCGUGGGCAACCCUCGGCCCACCAUCAGCUGGGCCAGGAAUGGAGAGGAGGUGCAGUUCAGUGACAGGAUUCUUCUACAACCAGAUGAUUCCUUGCAGAUUCUGGCACCAGUGGAAGCUGAUGUGGGUUUCUACACUUGUAAUGCCACCAAUGCCUUGGGAUAUGACUCUGUCUCCAUUGCCGUAACAUUAGCAGGAAAGCCAUUAGUGAAAACAUCGCGAAUGACCGUGAUCAACACCAAGGAGCCUGCCAUCACAGUGGAUAUAGGAGGCACCAUCAAAACAGUGCGGGGAGUGAAUGUGACCAUUAACUGCCAAGUUGCAGGUGUGCCCGAAGCUGAAGUCACUUGGUUCAGGAAUAAAAGCAAACUGGGCUCCUCUCACCAUCUGCACGAGGGAUCCUUGUUACUCACAGACGUGUCCUCCUCAGAUCAGGGCCUCUACUCCUGCAGGGCAGCCAAUGUGCAUGGAGAGCUGACUGAGAACACCCAGCUUCUGAUCCUAGAUCCCCCUCACGUCCCCACGCAGUUGGAGGAUAUCAGAGCCUUGCUUUCAGCCACUGGACCAAACCUUCCUUCAGUGCUGAUGUCUCCUCUGGGAACACAGCUGGUCCUGGACCCUGGGAAUUCCGCUCUCCUUGGCUGCCCCAUCCAAGGUCAUCCUACCCCCAAUAUCACCUGGUUCUAUGGGGGCCAGUCCGUUGCCACUGUCCCAGGAUUGACACAUCACAUCUUGGCAGCUGGACAGAUUCUCCAGGUUGCCAAUCUGAAUGGCGAAUCUCAGGGGGAAUUCAGCUGCCUCGCCCAGAACGAGGCAGGUGUGCUUGUGCAGAAGGCCUCUCUCGUCAUCCAAGAUUACUGGUGGUCUGUGGACAGACUGGCAACCUGCUCGGCCUCCUGUGGGAACAGGGGUGUUCAGCAGCCCCGCCUGAAGUGUCUCCUGAACAGCACAGAGGUCAACCCUGCUCACUGCGCGGGCAAGGUCCGCCCCGCCGUGCACCCCGUCCCCUGCAACCGGAGAGACUGCCCUUCCCGGUGGAUGGUGACCUCCUGGUCCGCCUGCACCCGGAGCUGUGGGGGAGGCAUCCAGACCCGCCGGGUGACCUGCCAAAAGCUGAAAGCCUCUGGGAUCUCCACUCCCGUGUCCAACGACAUGUGCACGCAGCUUGCCAAGAGGCCCGUGGACACCCAGGCCUGUAACCAGCAGCUUUGUGUGGAGUGGGCCUUCUCCAGCUGGGGCCAGUGCAACGGGCCUUGCAUCGGGCCUCACCUAGCUGUGCAACACAGACAAGUCUUCUGCCAGACAUUGGACGGCGUCACCUUACCGUCAGAGCAGUGCAGUGCCCUCCCGAGGCCUGUGAGCACCCAGAACUGCUGGUCAGAAGCCUGCAGUGUACACUGGAGGGUCAGCCUGUGGACCCUGUGCACAGCCACCUGCGGCAACUACGGCUUCCAGUCCCGGCGUGUGGAGUGUGUGCACGCCCACACCAACAAGGCGGUGCCGGAGCACCUGUGCUCCUGGGGGCCCCGGCCCGCCAACUGGCAGCGCUGCAACAUCACCCCAUGUGAAAACAUGGAGUGCAGAGAUACCACCAGAUACUGCGAGAAGGUGAAACAGCUGAAACUCUGCCAACUCAGCCAGUUCAAGUCUCGCUGCUGUGGAACUUGUGGCAAAGUGUGA